AUGCAUACUACACUUAAUAUUGAAGCAAGAGUUAUUUAUGAAGAACUAUAUUCAGUUCAUGGUCAUGAAGAACUUGAAAACGAAGCACGACCUAGUAGGCCUAUUACUGAAACAACUCCUGAAAAUAUCGAACAAGUUCGUCCUAUUAUUGAAGAUGGUCCUAGCGUUACAAAAGAAGAAGUAGAUGAAUUUGAUUCUUUUGAAACAAAUCGAAUAUCAGUAAUAAGUAUGGAUCCAAUAUUUGCUAUUGAUGUUGAAACAAUUUUUUCACCUUAUGGAGCAAAAUAUAUAAAUGAGAUUGAAUCAUUAACACAAACGAUCGAGAUUUGUUUAGCCGAAGGUUUUAUUCAUAGUAAUAAAAACAAAGAAAUUCUUAUUUCAAGUCUCAAGAAACGAAUUAAUAUUAAUUGUAUUAUUGAAAAAUAUCAAUAUGUUAUUGAUGAUAUUGAAAUUCUACAGCAAUUUGAUGUCGAUAUUUAUAUGGAUAUAGAUCUUUUUCUAGCAUGGAUAGAGGCUAGAAUGGGUUUACAUCAUCAAACAACUAUUAACGAAUUUGAAAUAGCACAAAAUAAAUAUGCUCAUGAUUUCAAAUCAAUAAUUCGAAAUUUGAAAGCAUUUAAUAUCAAGAAAUUAUUCGAACAGUAAGUUGAACAUCAUUUAACUUGAGAAGAAACAAAAACUCUAAUCACUGGUGUCUUAUUUAUUUAAACUUUAAAUUAAAUGUAUUCAUCUUACGAAACUAAUUUUUUAUUGUAGAAACAAAUUCAUCAAUAUAGCUGAUAAUGAUGAAGUUUCAUCUUGCUAGUUAUUUUCAUUCAUAAAAUCUUCAGAUAAAAGCAUUUUUUCUUGGUAUUUAUUGUUUGUAAAUAUGUUCAAUUCAAGUGAUUUCUUCAAUUCUUAUCAUAUUUAUAAUUGAUUUUCUUUGAAAUAAAAGUAUUGUAAUAAUCUUUAUGAAAAAUAAAUUCUUGAAUGACAUGUUCUAUUCUAUCUCAUGACCUGUUGUAGAAUUUCUUAUCGUAGUCUACCAACUGAGUAAAAAAAGUUCAUCCCGUUCAGCAUCACUGAUGUUUAUCAGGAGGAGUGAUUCACCCACGAAAAAAAAAAUUUAUAUUAAAGAGCGUUUCAACGCAACUUUUCGAAAAAAACGUUAUUUCCGGUUUCAAGGCAUUUUUUUCAACUUGAAAUGUCGCCCGAAACAUCGUUCGAAAGCGUUCUUGUAGAAUUUUUUUGUUGAAAUCAUGAAUUUUGUACAAACACACUUGAACAUACAUUUUUUUCAACGUGUUUUUUAUUCAAAAAAACAGGAUUUUCACAAACGUGUCAGAAAGCGUUGUUUUAAUACGUUUUUCACAUAGAAAAAAAUGAGUAAAUUUACAAAUAAGUUGAAAGAAUAUUCAAAUUCAUAUUUUAGACAAAAAUGUUGUUCUAUGGCACAAGAGUCUACUGACAUUUGGAGAAAUGUUUUGCAAGAUCACACUCGAUAAUAAAUCGCCUAAAUAUAUCGAUUUUAGAGACAAAUUUUAUGAUUAUUACACAGUAUGAUGUGCUUAAAUAUUACGAAAGGAAAUAGUUGUGUAUCAGAAAGAAAAGCUUCGACAAAAUCGAUCAAGUUUUGUUUAUUUAAAAAGAUUUCUUGAGCUUGAGGGUGUGAAUAUGUGGGUGUGAGUGUGGAUGUAAGUGUGGCAUGUGGGCGCGGGGUGUGGGUGGAUGGGUGUGAGUAAUUGUUCAAGAACAACUCAUACCCACACCAACACCCUCUUAAUAUCACAAGAAUAAUAGUAUUAUACGAGAAAAACAUGAUGCCUAUAAGGUUCUAUCGUGUCACUUUUGGGAGUAAAAUGUGCUAUCUAUCUAUGCGAAAUUGAAAAGGUAAAAGAGGAAAUUCGCGAUUUCUGUUAAAUUUCUCGGAAAACUACCUUCCCAAUUAGCAUCUAAGUAGCCGUCUGAUAGACAUUUUUACUUCUCAUUUUCAAUCACUCAAACGAUAGUGUCGGAAAGAUCUUAAUGAGCAAAAUGAAAAGAGUUUAUCCGAUAGAUAUCUCACUUUCGACUUGUCAAAACCUAGUAUAAAUUAGGUUUUUUUUCUAUGAAAGGGUGUGGGUGUGUCGGUGUGUGGGUGGGGUGUGGGUGUGAGUGCAUAUCUCCAUCAAUACCCACACCCACACCCAUAAUGAUGCUUUACUUAAUUUUAAGUGAAGAUAAAUGUUUCACCUGUGUAGUAGACGAUGAGCAACUUCAAUAGAUUCAUUUACUUCUAUAUGCAAAUUUGUUACAUGUGGCAACAUGAAAUCCUUGUUUUGUUGCUUCGUAUGAAAGACAUGCAGUGAGAAAUUGGAAGUUGUGCAAAUAAAAGACAGACUACGAUCAAAUAAUUCACGUUUUUCUUCAUGAGAAUAAAAAUGAAACAAAAGAGAAAAGAAAAGGAUUGUUCGCCUCGAAUAAGGUACGCAUAACUUCAAGCGUUCUCCAUUCUAUUUAGGGUGUGGAUGUGAGUUAAGAUGAGUUGAAACCAAAGCCACAUCCAUGCCUUCACUCACCUACACUUACACCGCACCCACAUCCACAUCCACACCCAUACCCACCACCAUCUUCAUCUUUAUCUCUUCAUCUUUCACUUUAUUUGUAUGGUAUCCGUUCUCUUCUCGAGUGAUCGCUACGCUUUCAUAUGACCGCUAUGUUUGACUAUAUGAAUAUGAAAUAUUGUAAAUUGAAGUUUAUUUUAUUACUUUUCGG